AUAUUGGACGGAAACGGGCGAGUUGAAGAAAUAGAGGGAGAAACGGCAAAGGAGAUGCUUGGAUAAAUAAAUUCUCAAAUAAGCCGAUCAAACAGAGGAACAGUUUUCAAGUUGAUUGACUUUUAUUUAACGCUUUCGACGGAAGAACCGCAGUAAUGUCUGCCCAAGCUCAAAUGAGAGCUUUGCUCGACCAGCUGAUGGGAACAGCGAGGGACGGUUCAGUGUAUCUUUGCCAGCCUACAUCAAUCUGCAAAGGAGUUGCAGAAAAGCCUCAUGUUCAUCGAGCCGUGAGUCACACAUAAUUUUUAAAGCUGUUAUGGUGAAUAUCCAAACAAUUUGUUUGCCUUCCGGAAGUUAUUGUAGCCUUUUUUUUUUCUUAAAAAAAAAAAAAAAUCACACAAAUGGGUAAAUCUUCAGUGGCACUAGUAUUACUAUUUGAAAUAGUAUCACACAGCUUGAGCUAAGACGUCUGGUCGCGCUGAGUCCAAACGAGCAGUUUUCCAUUACACGUCUGUUUUUAGAAGGCAAUUUUAGCAGUCAGUCCACACACAGAAAAAAAAAAAAAAAAACUUUGCACACAGCAUUUACAAUCUGACUUGUGUAUGACUCCCAACUUCUUACUACAGGUGUGCGCAAGAAAACUGUUCCCAUUUAUACUUUUCUGCAGCGGGUUUAAAAUUCUGCAGCUGAGGUCUUGAAGAUGCAGAAGGGUACAGUAUGUGGUGCAAGUCGCAGUGUGUAUAACCUAAAUUUUUUUCCUUGGAUUUCUUUUGCAUCCUUGUUUUGAAUUUUCUUUGAAUGUUCACAGUUAUAAAUAAAGGCUUGGCUGGAACAUUUGAUUUAAAUUUUAAAAUCUCUAUUUGUAGUCCUUGUGGCCAUCUUCCAUUUUCUAAUGAAAAUGAUGCAACUUUAAGGUAGCUGUUGUACUUGACACGACUUAACUGAAACUUAAAUUGUAUUAUUAUAAUGUUAUGUUGCACCCCUCCCAGCCCAAUCCUUUGACCCUCCAUAUUUACAGAGUGGGCGUUGAGCCUUAUAACAAGUUAACUGAGUUGAGGCUCUGAUAAUAACACAUUUGAGGCUUGGGUAAGGUAAGCACUAAGGAUAAGAAAAAAGUACCACACACAUACAAAGCAACCUUUAUUACUGCAUUAAUACAUUAAUAUAGUCCAGUAGAGGCACAUUUACUCUACUAAUGGAUACCUGUAAUGUUACACUAAUAAAGUACAAUGAAAACCCUGACAAGCAGCAAUAUACAAAAUAGUUUUGAUUCAUUUGGAUGGGUACAAAAUAUUUAAAUGGAUCUGUGGUAUGUAGUACAAUUGCAUUAAUAUGUAUUGAAGCACUGGAUACCUCGCCACUGUUAUCGAGUAUGUGAGGGCUGUCUCACUGGUUCUUCUUUUGGGCUGUUUCAGGGGAUGAGACGCGGCAGAGGGUCAAGUUCACUGACGAGCGAGUCUGCAAAAGUCACCUUCUCAACUGCUGCCCACAUGACAUCCUCUCUGGAACUCGCAUGGACCUGGGGGAGUGCACUAAGAUCCAUGACCUGGCACUUCGGGCUGAUUAUGAAAUUGCCUCCAAGGAGAGAGACCUAUUCUUUGAGCUUGAUGCAGUGGAUCACCUAGAGUCUUUUAUUGUGGACUGUGAUCGGAGGACAGAACUGGCUAAGAAGCGCCUGGCUGAGACCCAAGAAGAGAUCAGUGCAGAGGUGGCAGCAAAGGCAGAGAAGGUGCAUGAGCUGAAUGAGGAAAUCGGAAAGCUCCUGGCCAAGGCUGAGCAGCUCGGAGCUGAGGGCAAUGUGGAUGAGGCUCAGAAAGUCCUGCAAGAGGUGGAAAAGGUCCGCACGAAGAAGAAGGAUGCAGAGGAAGAAUACAGAAACUCCAUGCCAGCCUCAAGCUUUCAGCAGCAGAAGCUUCGGGUGUGUGAGGUGUGCUCUGCUUACCUUGGUCUCCAUGACAACGACCGUCGUUUGGCUGACCAUUUUGGCGGGAAGCUUCACCUCGGCUUCAUUCAGAUCAGAGAAAAGCUGGACCAACUAAAGAAAACUGUGGUCGAGAAGCAAGAGAAGAGGAAUCAGGAGCGCUUAAAGAGACGAGAAGAAAGGGAGAAGGAGGAAAGGAUGAGGAGGAGGACCAGAUCACGGAGCAGAGAGCACAGAAGGUCCCGUUCUCGUGACCGCAGAAGGAGACGCUCACGCUCUUCGUCACGAGACAGGCGCCGUUCCCGCUCACGCUCUAGGGAGAGGAGGAGGCGGCAUCGCAGCCGAUCCCGCUCACGCAGCCGAGGACACCGUCACAGCCACGAGCAGAGCUCCAGACACAAGUCGUCCAGAGAUCGAGAGCGCUCGUCCAGGGACCGUGAUCGCUCCUCCAGAGACCGGUCACGGGAGCGAGACAGAAGGGAUGGUAUGAAUGGCAGGUCGGAUUCCCGCAGGGCAGACGACAGAGACAUGGGGGACCUCUGAAGACCAAACUCCAUCCAUGACGACAACGCCACAGCCUCCUCCCGUCUGUCCAUUUAUAAUAUCCUAAUGUUAAACACAGCCCUUGCCUUGACCCCCACCCCUCUGUUUUCCCGCCUGCCUCCUUUCUUUGCUUUAGUGCAGCCAGAGUGCACACCUACUAUCAAGUAUAAAAUGGAGUUUUUUUUUUCCCUUUCUUUUUUUUCUUGUUUUUUUUUUUAAAUAGCAUCAGAUACAUCUGAUUGCUUUUGGAUUUGGCGGGUUAUUGGUCAGUAGUGGAGUGUACUCUUAAUACCCACAUCUGUAACUCGGUGGCUUGUCUGUAUCCAGUCCAUCCCUUGUCUUGUUACUGCCCUGAAAUGUGUCCACUAGAAAAGGCGAACUGAUCUGCUGGACUGGAGCAUAAAAAUGUGACUGGUCCAUGUUCUUUUUAUUAUUAUCUGAUGGUCUUUUGAUAAAUAAUAAAAAAAAAAAUCUGUCUGUAAAUAUAUUCUAGGCUGACUAAUUGUCUGAAAAAGCCUAGUCUUGUCAAGUAGUUUUUUUUAAUUUGUUUUUUCCCUCCUCAUCUCCCUCCUUGAAGAUUUUGUUUCGCUGUUUCAGUGCAGUUCUCGAAUGUCUGUCUACAUAAUGGUUUUCAGUACUUAGUUCUCUAAAACCCACUUAAAGUUUCAAAUUCAAAGGUUUUAAAGAUGUUAGCAUUAGUAUCCAACUUGCCUCCUUUUUUUGUCUUUUUUUUUAUUAUUAUAAGUGAUCAGGUUACAGGUGACUUUCUUCAGUAUAAGUAAAAUCUGAUCUGUAUUGGUGGCAAGUCUCUUUAUCAUUUCUUUCUAUCUUGAUUUCUUUUUAACAUACUGCAAAUAAACAAUAUCUUUAGAAUUUGUGUCGGCAUGUGAAGCAGUAGGUUCAGAAAUGAUCAAGUUCAGAUCUACUUACCUUUGAGUGAAAAAUUUAAACAUUUUUUUUGGCCCAACUUGGACAGAUUUCUUUUCCAAUAUGAUUAAAUGCGAACAGAUUUUAAUGGAUGCACUACUUUACCUAAUGUGUGAAAUCAUAUCUGUUUGUUCUGCUGGAAACCUUUCUUUAAAGUCUCAAUUAAAAAAAGAAAAAAAA